UGUCGAGUUCUGCCAUCAUUGUAUUCUAUUACGAAGUUAAAUUGCCAGAUAUUUUCGGAUUUUUAGGCCGAUAUUGGAUUUCUGGGCAGCAGAAAACUCCGCAGCACUCCAGUUUCAGACGCCGCUGCUUUUCCAGCGUAGAAAUCUAAGCAUCGACAGCAAUGCGUGGGAUGUUUCGAGGAAACAUGAUGAGGGGCCGUGGCGGCCCCCGCGGUGGUGGAUUCAAUAAUCGUUUUAGUGGCGGACCCGGACCCAUGAUGGGCGGCAUGAACAAACCGAAUCCGCUGUUUGAAAACCAGCAGAAACCACCAAACGCUCCGCAACAAAACACCCAGCAGAAGCCAGCACAGGCCCAGCAGCCGCAGCCAGCCAUCAAGCCUCUUGUGAGCAAUCCGCAGCAGCAGAACAAGCCUCAAGGCCAGCAGCAGAACAAGCCUCUAGGCCAACCACAGAACCAGCCGCAAAAGCCACCCGCGCAAUCUCCAAAACCGGCAGAGAAGAAGGUUGAGGCUCCGGUGAAGGCGGAAGCUGCGUCCCCGGCCGUCAAACAAACUCCAGCGGCCGCUCAGGGAGGGGCUCAGAAUCAGCAGAAGACCCCGCAGCAGAAUCAACAGCCGCCCAUGAAUCAGCAGCCAUUCCAGCAAAGAGGACCUCCGAACCUGAUGCAGCAAAGUCCCAAUUUGAAGCGUGGGCCAAAUCAAAUGCAAGGAGGCCCAAAUCAAAGUCAGGGAGGCCCCAAUCAGAAUCAGGGCAGCCCAAAUCAGAAUCAAGGCGGCCCCAAUCAGAAUCAGGGUGGUUUCAAUCAGAACCAGGGUGGCUUUAAUCAGAUGCAGGGAGGCCCCAACCGACCACCCUUCAAUCAGCAAGAACGUGGACCCCAUGGAGGUGGUGGCGGAAAAUUCAAUCCAUUCAACCGACCUUUCCAAGGACCCAGAGGAGGUGGUGGAGGCCCACGAACGAUGGAGGAAAGACUGAACGAGCGUGUUGCUGCCCUGAGCGGACCAACUUUCGAGUUGCCACCGAAAGAAGGUGAAGCCGAGGUUAAGUUCUCUGGACAUUGCCGUCUUUACGUCGGAAACAUAACUGCUGACACAAGUGACGAAGAUAUCAAAAACAUGUUCACUCCAUACGGCGAACCAUCCGAAAUAUUUGUGAACAAAGACAAGAACUUUGCUUUUGUCAAAAUGGACUAUAGAGCCAGUGCUGAGAAAGCCAGGAGGGAGUUGGACGGAACUCCUCGCAGGGGAAAGGUUCUGAAAAUCAGAUUUGCACCUCAUGGCGCCAUAAUCAAAGUGCGGAAUCUCACUCCGUAUGUGUCCAAUGAGCUGCUGGAAACUGCAUUCAGCGUUUUCGGAGAGAUUGAGAGAGCGUACAUUAUCACAGACGAGCGUGGAAAAUCCACUGGCGCUGGCAUCGUCGAGUUCCAGCGCAAACCUGCUGCCGUUCUUGCUGUCAGGAAGUGCAACGAAAACUGCUUCUUCCUCACUUCUGCCCUGCGUCCGGCCAUUGUCGAGAUGCACGAAGAGAUCUCUGACCCUGACGGCCUGCCCGACAAGAGCAUGUUCAAGAAGUCCAACGAUUUCAUGAAGGAGCGCGAAAUGGGCCCUCGAUUUGCCAACAUCAACAGCUUUGAGCACGACUAUGGCACUCGCUGGAAGCAGCUUUUCGAACUCCGCAAACAGAAGCUGGAAGCUGCCGAGAGGGAAAUGAAGCUGGAGGAGGAAAAGCUGGAGGCUCAGAUGGAGUACGCCAAGUACGAGCAUGAGACAGAAAUGCUGCGUAACCAGCUCCGCCAGCGUGAGCAAGACAGGGACCGUCAGAAGAGGGACUGGGAAAUGAAGGAGCGCCAGCAGGAGGAGCGCAAGAGACAGGACGAGGAGAUGAUGAGGAGAAAGCAGGAGGAGAUGCAAAUGCGGAUUGUCCGUCAGGAGGAAGACAUGAGGCGCCGUCAAGCUGAAAAUACUCUCUUCAUGCAGGCACAUCAACUAAACAAUCUUUUGGAUAAACAGGAGCAGGCAAUGCUGGGAGACGACUUUGACAGCCCAAUGGGUGGAGAUGGUUUUGGUAUGCGAGGUGGGCCUGGAAAUCUGCCAGUGGACCCGAAAGCGUUCAUGGACACAUUCGAUCGUGGAUCUUCAAACAACGGAAUGGGUGGAUAUGAUGAUGCGGACAUGAUGGAUAGAGACAUGAUGGGAGAAAGGGAUAUGGACAGGGGACGGUUCAAUAAUGGGAAUCGUGGUCGCUGGGGUGGCGGCAACGACUACCAGUCGCAAGGUAGCCGCAGGGGCGACGAUUUCCCCAACAAGCGUCCCCGACGCCACUAAAUUCCUUGAUAAUGUUUGCGUCUGAAACACAUUCAUACUGAGACUCAAUCAGCUGCUGAAACAAAAUCAAGCGGAAACGCGAAGCAAAAAUUGUCUAUAAAAUAAUGACACACAAAAAAAAUGUAAUUUUAAGCAUUUUCGUAAAUCUCUAGAGGUAAUUUUAAGACUUGAAAGUGUGUGUGAAAUAUUCUCUGAACAUUUUAACAUAAUAAUGCAUAGGCAUUUGCAUUGAUUUAAACAAGAUUUAGACAACUUUAACAUUCACUGAAUUCAAAGUUUGAAAUAGAUUUUCAAUUAAUUAACUUGGAUGUAAAAAUCAAUUUUGAGCUUUUAUAUUAGGUUGCAAUUAGAUCUAUUAAAUGUCAGAAAAACUACAUAACUAUUCAGUGUAUCGUCUGUAUUUCUCUUUGUGGAAUAAAGUAAUUCUACUAUGAUAAUUUAAGCGACCAAAGUCGCAUUUUGUAUUCAUCAAAUAUUAACAAAUCUUGAAGAUUAACGGGAAUUUUCGGGGGGAAAAGUUUUUCUCAAUUUUCAAUCCCGCUUUUAAUCUGAACAACGUAAUAUAAUAUUCAUUAUUUUCUUUAAAUAUCAUUUCACAACAAUUUAGCAUAAAAUAGUAUUUUUAUUUUUAAAAAUACUCCUUAAUUGUGAAGCACUUAUAAAUCUAGUUUUUUUUUCAACUUUGGUGCUUAAAUUUUACUUAAAAUAAUUGUAAUUAUUUAAAGUUAGUAACUAAUUAAAAAAGAAGUAAAUUUUGGGAUAUAUACUACUUAAUGAUGUUCUCUUCCCUACAGGUACUUUUUUGUAAAGAGAAAUGGCAAAAAUUUCUUCAAUCAAGCUAACCUGCCAUUGUAGACUGGAUUUCAAAACUAUUCCGUUUCACCUUUUUAAUUCCAUUCGUGGUUGGGCUCUCUUUUGAGAUAAAACACGACAAAA